AUGUCUUGGGACCGGUACGAACUUGGCCAGAAGAAUAUCUUCUAUGAUGAAACGCUGCAUGAUUCCCCCGCCGAGGUCUUGCCGUCGCACGUUGAAAGAGUGCGACAGUCGACCCUAGACUUUUCAUGCGCAAUUCAAGGAUCUACUCAUACCAGCCAUCGUAGUCUCCAGCCCUUGCUCGGCAGUCAUGAUGCGGAACCAGCUUUGAAAGUCGCGCAGAAGGCCCAACGUGAGGCGAUAAUCAUAAUGAACGGCGGCUACAAAGAGGACAAGUGGGAAAAAUUCUUCGAGGCAUAUUUCUUUGCAGCUCUGUCUGACUCUCUUUCGGUGUCGAAAGAGGAUUCUCGGCGUGUGUCACGUAACAAAUAUUACUACGACGGUGUAAAGAGAGAAACAGACGAGUCAUGGACUCUGUUCUCCAAGGACAAUGAGAAUGGUCUCGGGCCAUUCGAGAGCGUCAAACGCCCAAAGCCUGAUCACGCAUUCUUCCUGCCCAUCUACCAUUCUGCGAACAAGGCCGGAAUUCCUACAAUAUCUGAUCCCGAUGCCCGACAAUGGAACGAGGUUCUGGGACCGUUAGGGACAGAGCCGUUCUCAUGGUCAACUCUGAAGAAGCUUAAUGAGUUCGGCCUCCAGCCAACCCCGCGUCGAAUCUUCAACCAGCCACCUCGUGAAGCUGAUCUUAAGUGCUACCCUUGGCUCGUCAUUGAGCACAAGAAAGAAAAUGAAUCCGAAAGGAAUGUAUGCUGCCAGGCAGCCAACGGUGCGGCGUGCGCCGUAAGCUUGGUACAGCACUCGGCCCAGUACGCCGUGAAGCUGCUCGACCAGGCUCAUGUGCCACCCAUCCCGGCCAUGACAACCAUCGGAUCACGAGUUACCAUUUGGCUUAUGUACUAUGCGAAGGACUUCGAUGCACCCUGCGACAGGAGGAGCAGUAACGAAGUAACGACCAAAAGACGGAAGGAGGGUCAUAUAAUGCAUGCAGUAUGGAGCGGUGACAUGACUGAACUCGUGGACGCCUUUGAACUCCAAAUGAUUCUUGAAAACGUGCAUACUUGGGCUAUGAGAGUGUUCAAGCCCUUGAUAGCCACGUAUAUCGAACAAUGGAACUACGUGCAUUGUCACCCUUCCUUUGAUCUCAACACACACGCCAUGUUGGCACAGUCAAAGAGUAACCGCGACAGGACGAUUGAGCAACGUCGGGCUAUCCUCCCCAUUAUCCAGGAUAUCCUUGAGGAUCAUGCGACGAUGGAGCUGGACGAACUGUCCCAUCAGAAACUAACACCUUUGCUGUUGGGUCUCUUCAUGCAUCAGAUCUGUCAUUCAGAGAGAGAGUUCAUCGCCAAAGAAAUCGACCGAGCCGUUGAAGAUAAAUUCAAGCUUCUCAGCAUCAAUGAGCCACACGAGACCACGGAGUCUGCUUCCAAUCAGAGCCGGAACGCUCAUGCAAGCCAGCCUACCCGUCGUUUACUCAACUCCCUACCAGUAGCAUCGAAUUCCAGAUCAAGUUCCCCUACUCCAAUCCCUCCAGUCGAUGAUGAUGAUCCGAAUGAUCUUGACUACAGGGACUCGCAAGAACCGCCAUCCGCUGCUAAUGAAGUCAACAAUGCCCCGGCUGAAACCUCUGACGCUGAAUCCUCAGUUGCAGAGUUCGAUGAACAUUCGUCGAUUGUGUGGUCUCCUUCUAGGGAUGUAACAACCCCACGUGCUACACCAUACCAAAGUCCGACGCCUAAGCGACCAAAGGCAAAUGGCCACAAUUCCUCAUCAAACUCUCCUGGUGCAACUUCCGGUUCAGCUGAGAAUACUCCGAGACCGGACGGUCACUCAGGUCAGUUUAGCUUUAAUACUGCGCCUGAAAGCCCUGCUUGGCCGCUGGGGUCUCAACGUCAACGUAGCUUGACGGCUAGGACACCUUCUGGUUCACCUGUUCUUGCUGGUCGAUCACCUCCUAGACGGUCUGCUUGGUCCUCAGGCCAACGAUUUGGUGAACCACGACCUUCCAGCUCUCCCAUUCCUCGCCAAUUCCAGCAUGUAUCGGACCAGGAGUCUCAAAUUCAGUCUGAAGGUGGAGAGAAUAAUCAUUACAUUGACUUGACUAGAGACAGCCAAGAGGAAAUUGAUGUUCCUCAAGCCAGUUCUUAG